CGGCGCGGAAGGGGAGGCGCUGUGGGCCGUGAGGCAGUGCCUGGCGGGAUUCCCGGCCGAGGCGAGGGGUCUGGGAGCAACAUGUAUGCUUUUUUGACACAUUACAGUAGGCAAAUCGUCUUCCUGCAUGGAAGCAACCCUUCCGUUAAAUUGCUGAGGGACUAAUAUUUCAUUUCAUGUGACUUGUGAAAAUCUGUGCCGAGGUUUAAAAUGACUCCUAGAUGCCAUGAUCCCAAAUAUAGUUGUGUUUUAUGGAGUCUGUGCCAUACCUUGAUGGCCUUCUAUCUCCCCUGGAAUUUUAUCGAGAAUGGAUUUGCCCGAACAAACCAUGCAUAAUUCAGAAUGCAUUCAACCACUGGCCGGCUCUAAAGAAGUGGUCGUUAACUUACCUAAGGGAGGUAAUGAGCUCCAAGUUGGUGAGUGUGGCAGUCACUCCAAAUGGCUACGCUGAUGCAGUUUACCAGGACCGUUUUGUCAUGCCAGAGGAACGACGCAUGCCUUUUAGUGCUUUUUUGGACAUUGUGGAGAAGAAAGUAACUUACCCAGGAGUAUUCUAUGUACAGAAACAGUGCUCAAACCUGACUGAGGAAUUCCUUGAGCUCGUAGGUGAUGUGGAGCCUGAUAUAUCCUGGAUGAGUGAGGCCCUUGGAAAAAAGCCUGAUGCUGUGAAUUUCUGGCUAGGAGAAUCUGCUGCAGUGACAUCUUUGCAUAAAGACCAUUAUGAAAACUUAUACUGUGUGAUUUCAGGAGAGAAACAUUUUCUACUGCACCCACCAAGUGACCGCCCCUUCAUCCCAUAUGAACUGUAUGCACCAGCAACCUUUCACAUAUCAGAAGAUGGGUCGUUUGAGGUUGUAGAUGAGAGAGCUGCAGAAAAGGUGCCCUGGAUUCCACUGGAUCCUUUAAAUCCUGAUCUAGAACGUUACCCAGAAUAUGUUCAGGCAAAGUCUUUGAAGUGUACUGUGAAGGCAGGAGAGAUGCUGUAUCUCCCUUCUCUGUGGUUCCAUCAUGUUCAACAGUCACAUGGCUGUAUAGCAGUGAAUUAUUGGUAUGAUAUGGACUAUGACCUGAAGUACUCUUACUAUCAGCUUCUGGAUUCUCUCUCAAAAGUCAUGUCACCGAAGAGCUAAUGUUCUACCCUCUGCGGUCCAAAGAAGUGGAUUUGUUGCUGGAAUACCAUUAUAUGCUAUUCAAAUGAACUGGAUGUUAAUAAUUUAAUCAUGAUCUGUUUGAUUAAGACAGUGCACAACUGUGGUUAACAAAGCUCAGUAUCGAGUGGUUCUGCUCCCUGGAAAUCCUCAUCAGGACAAGCUUUUUUAACAACAGCAACAUUUUAAAACAACAAUAACGAUGGGCAGUUCCCCCAUUAUGCAGCAUUAUGCACUUUGUCAUUAAAAGACACAGCUAGAGGGCUCUUUGGCUUUCCUCAGAGUAUGAAGAAAAAAAAAGCAGCAGUGUUGGAAUUUUCUCCUUAUACUUUUGACUAAUGCUAUCUCCUGUGCACAAGUCAAAACACAGGCAGUGAACAGCUGACGUGUAUUAAGGGGCAAGCCCUGACCAAUUGUCUGGGGAUGGGGAAGUAGAGAUUGUGUUUCUAAGAAGCUGUUGCAUAAGAGGCGAGAUCCUGUGGAGCUGGAAUUUAUGGUGAUCACUAGACUGAAUCAGGGCUGCCUGUUGCCUUUCCCUAGGGCAUAGCUCUAUUUGCCUAAUUGUUUUAUUGUAUGCUUCCUUUAGUAGUAGUUUUUAAAUGCUACUAAUAAAUUCCUUCACCAAUUCA